UUUACUUCCGGUUGAAUAUCCUAAUUGCAUUUUGACUGAUUUCGGGCUGAUUUUACCAAAUUUUGUAAUAGUUUUAUUGAAAAUUGAGCUGAUACAUAUCAAACAUUUUUUUCUUACAUAAUAUAAGUCCAAUUUUCUCUUCAAUGUCGCUGGUUGACUUGUGUUGAUCUAGAUGAAGAAUGGAGUUUGCAGAAUUCAUAAAAACACCAAUGGUUGAUGGUGUCACAUUGAAGAAACCAUUCUGUAAACCUGUGGAUGGGACACUGUGUAUCACUGGGCAUCAUCUCAUAUUGUCUUGUAGAAAAGAAAACAAGGAAGAGUUGUGGUUGCUACAUACAAGUGUUGACAGUGUAGAGAAGAGGUUGAUUGGUUCAGGGGGCGUGAUUUUUGUACGGUGCAAGGAUUUUACCCUUCUAUCCCUAGAUAUACCAUCAGCUGAAGAUUGUAUCAAUGUUGCUUACUCCAUUGAACAACUUUCAAACAUAGAUGAUGUUACUUUGAAAUAUCCAUUUUUUUACCGCCCUUCUUUUGAGAUCUUAGAGGACGGUUGGUCAGCAUUUAAACUGGAGGCAGAAUGGAGCCGCUACAAGGACUGUGCAGAAGAAUGGAGAAUUACUACUGCAAAUAAAGAUUAUAAGCUAUGUGCAACCUACCCAAAGUCAGUAUUUGUUCCAAAAUCUAUCACAGAUGAGAUGUUGAUAAAGGUGUCACAAUUCAGACAAGGUGGGAGGUUUCCAGUACUUAGCUAUUACCAUAGAGAUAGCAAGGCAGUGUUGAUGCGAUGUAGUCAACCUUUCACUGGACCAAGUGGGAAGAGAUGUAAAGAGGACGAGAAACUAGUCAAUGCUGUGUUAGGUAUAGGUAAACGUGGAUAUAUUGUGGAUACAAGAUCACAGAGUUUAGCCAAACAAGAACAGAAAACAGGUGGAGGUUAUGAACCAGAGGCCCACUACUCCCAGUGGAAGAGAAUAAACCAGUCUAUAGAGAGACGACAAGUCUUCCAUGAAUCUGUCAUCAAACUUAAUGAAGCUUGUUCAGACACUGGUGCCACACAAGAUAAAUGGUUGUCAAAGUUAGAGUCAAGUAACUGGCUGUCUCAUAUAAAAGAUAUAUUAACCUGUGCAUGUCUUGUAGCCCAGUGUAUUGAUAAAGAUUCUGCCUGUGUGCUGGUACAUGGAUCUGAAGGAGUCGAUACAACAUUACAAGUCACAUCUCUAGCACAACUUAUACUGGACCAUGACUGUAGAACUUUUACAGGAUUUGAAGCAUUGAUAGAGCGAGAAUGGCUACAGGCUGGACAUCCAUUUGCUGACCGUUGUGCCAAGUCUGCAAAUGCAAUAACUAAAUAUAGACAAGAGUCUCCAGUAUUUCUGCUAUUUUUAGAUUGUGUUUGGCAGAUUUGGCAACAGUUCCCUUGUUCCUUUGAGUUCAGUGAAGAUUUUCUAAUACUCCUGUUUGAGCACGCCUAUUCCUCGCAGUUUGGCACAUACCUUGGUAAUUGUGACCAGGAGAGAAGAAAUCUUAAACUAGAGAACAGGACAAUUUCUUUAUGGUCCUACCUGAACAGACCAGAAGUGUUAGCUGGAUAUUUGAAUCCCAUGUAUGAUCCUAACCCAGCUGUUAUCUGGCCUUCAGUGGCCCCUCAAAGUUUGUGUUUAUGGAAUGGACUGUAUCUAAGGUCACAUGUGAACCAGGCAAAACAGACCGAGGCUUGGACUGAAAUUUCCAAGAUUAGAGAGUAUGACAAAGAACUGAGGUCAAAGGUCACCAAAUUGCGCAGGCAGUUAGCAAGUCUGGAGAAAGAAGCUGUGAGCGCUGGUGUCAUUCUACCCACUACACUAGAUGCUGACCUUAAUUAACUGACAACCACCACACUAGAUGCUGACCUUAAUUAACUGACAACCACCACACCAGAUGCUGACCUUUAUUAACUGGCAAAAAAAACCAACAAUAAUUUCAUUACAGUCAAGAAGAUGUCAAUUCUUGCCAGUGUUCAAGCUCUGUUAACAACACUAUGAAGAGCAAAUAGUUCCCUAAAGUAACUUACAUUUUCUUUCGUGUUAAUGAAUUUCUAAGAAAAUCUCUAAAAGAACCAAAACCUUCAUACAAAAAGGCUUCUCUGUGGUGUUUGCGCUGGUAAGGUUGCAAAAUAAGUGAAAAGUUUAAAAAAACGACAGUAUUUUUUAUGCCCAGAAGUAAGGCAUGUAGUAAUCGCACUUUAUAUAGUUUGUUAGUUUUUCCGUCCCACCGAAACUCUGCUUGUCUCAGCGAUAAGUUUUAAACAAUAGAUUCCGAUGUUAAGCGUGACAUCUUUGAUAAUUCUUUGAUAAAAAUCUGUAAUGGAGUACUGUAGAGUUCAGUGCAAUUUUGACUUGUUAAUAAAUGUUGAAGUUUGCAUUCGGGCAAUAAGUUGUAACAGUUGAAAGUAACUUUCAAAUAACAACACAAAAAAACUUGACAGCAGUUUGGAGGUUAUACUCCUCUAAAUAUCAAGUAAGUCAUACUUAACACAGCAAUAUUGUUGAAUUUGUUUAUUAAACAUUUGUUUUUGCUAGCAAAUUAAAGUCUUGUAAAUGCAUUUUAUAAAUUGUUGUGUAGGUAUUCGCUCUGUUUAGAUGUUGAUGUUAAUCUAAUGGCAGAGUAAUAAAUCUAAAGUAGUUUGAAAGAAAGUAAUCUAAAUAUUGUAAUAUUGUAUAUGUAUUAAAACAAAAUAGAUUACAAGCCAAUGAGUUGAUACAGAAGAGUACUGCAGUUCUACUAUGUAAUCAUUUAAUUUUGUUUGCAUAAAGUUUUGCAGUUUUGGUUUGACAGCCUAGUCUGUAAUAUUGUAAAUGGACCUCAGUGCUGUGUUGUAUUUGUUAAGAGUUUUUACAUUCCAUUGAUUAUAUAUUGUAUUGUUAUUUGUAUAUAAGUAAACAUAGGUAAUGCCAGUUUUCUGCGAAACAAAAACAAAAAACCCCCAAAAAACUGGCAUUAAAGAUCUACAUAUCCAAAUAUUUAUCAUUUUUAAAGGAAGGAAUGCCUAAAAUGAGUUGAUUGUAUAUGAAAGUCAUUGUCCAGCAAUUGCUAACAAUGAAAGAAUUUUUAAAAUUGAAAAAAUAUUGAAAACAAUAUGGUAGUUCGAACUUUAAGAAAAUGGCUAAACAUGGAGACAGCCGUUUUAGUACUUAUGACGUCUUUUACGCACUGCUGAUUUUUUUUUUUUAUAGUAAAUAUCACUUAAAACAGAUUAAUUGCUCUUUUCUGUUUAAGUUGAGAUGUACACGUGGAUCAUAAUCCUUCCUAUCCAGUUAGAAAAUGUUGAUAGAUUAUUUUUUAGAAUUAAGGAAACACAGUUCAAAUAACUCUGUUUUAUUUUAUAUUGCCAGGGAAUCAAAAUGGCUUGUAUUUUGAUCAUAAUUUAACAUGACGUCUAACUGACCAAUCAGUGAGCUGCAUCUUCAUACUGAUUUUGAAAAUUCUUUCUUGGCCUUAAAUGAUCCAAGAAGAAGACGUCACCUUAGAGAUAGAAUGAACAUUAGACAGACAAUGCUUUUCUCUUUAGGAUGGCUAGUUUUUAGACUUUUGGUUCUAAUGAAAAUUCCUGUAAGUGUUGUUAAGAUUUUCAAUGAAUUUUUCUACAUUGUGUUAAUUUAUUAACCUGAACUUCAUUUUUUUAAACUCCUUUUUGUAAAAAUGAUUGUUAGGUUUGGCUUAGUCAUAGUCUCUACUCCGUCUAAACAGCUGAUUGCAUGUAUUGACAUGCUGCUGUUUGACUGAGGCUCGAUAGGGGUAGCUGAAUUCGGAGCUCUGUGUAUAGAUCUAGGUUUGGCAGUGGCUCUAUAAGCAGUGCAGUUCCUUAAAUUUGAGCAAAAUCAAUAAAUAUUAUACAAUAUUUUUACAUAUUUUAUAUUUAACACUGGUUUUCACUUUUGUAUUAUUUCUUACUUUAAGAUAUACACUUUGCAUCAAAGUCUUUAGUACACAGAUACGAAGAUACUGAAUACUGUAAACCUGUCUGUGAAUAGUUUAUUUAAAUACUGAUUUCUCCCACCCGACCCAGAGGAGGACAUUUUACAAGUUGACUUUUCAAUAAUGCAUAAAACACAUCAUUAAAUAUAACUGAAAUUAACUUUUAAGUUAACUCAGCUGCUUGAAAGUUCACACAAGUUGCAAGAAUUAUGUGAAAAUGAGGGAGUGAAAUUUUGUAGUAGGGGGAUUUUUUUCCUACAUUCACUGAAGUUACCAGCAUAUAACUUGGUAGUUAAGAUAUACCGGUACAUGUACUGACUAAUGUCAUUUAAAAGGAAGAAAAAGCAAAUAGAAGAAUAAAGAAGAAAGGAAAAUGUUGUGAAAUAUAGAUUGAGGACAAAUGGAAAACUGUCAUAUGACAUUUAAUUUCAUGUAGAUCUCCAUGUUUAAAGGCACAUAUAUUGUCAAAUGCUGUUCACUUUGGGCUUUGUGCAAUAUUUAUUUCACUUUUUUUAUCUGUGAUUAAAAGUUAAACAAACGCCUGACGUUA